CAUUGUGCUCUCAAAUAUCGCCUUAAACAGAGCCCCGACGGCCACUCCAUCACUCGCCGGCGACCGUAACGGUCUUAUUUUGGUUACUCACACGACCUUAUCUCACUCUUAUCUCUGAAAAAGGAAAGAAAUAAUCGCCGAUUAUUCCUGCCACCCCCUGAAUGACUCAAUUUCACUCGCUAGCUAGCUAAGAUUUCUUUCCGACUGCGCAGAACCUGUGGGCUUGGAUCGGGAGUAUAUGGUUUUCUCUGUUGGUAAUUUAUACACAGGAGAUUAGGGUUUUUAAGGAAUGAAAUUGAAGGAGGAUAUAUGAGUUGAAUUUUGACGAUGGUGGUUUCUACUGCGAUAAACCCCAAAACUACUUCACAGAUACCUAAGAGACCUCCUCUUCUACCGUCCGACCCCGACAAUGCGCUCGCUCCUCGCAAUCCCAAAUCGCGGGAGGUCACGUCUCGCUACAUGUCCUCAACUCCAUCGUCUUCGAAACCAUCAACGAGACGUAGUGCAUCGCCGUUGGUUUCGAGGACUGCGACUUCAACGGCGGCUAUGAUGACACCGGUUCCCUCGACUAUCAAACGUUCACUGUCGGUUGAGCGGAAGCGGCCUGCCACGCCGAGGCCGAACUCUCCAGAUGUGAGAAUUGGAAGUGGCGGUGAACUCUCCAAUGCGCAGAAGAUGCUACUUACUUCGACGCGAAGCUUGUCGGUGUCGUUUCAGGGGAGCUCGUUUUCUGUCCAAGUUAGUAAAGCGAAGCCCGCGCCAUCACCAUCGCCGAUUAGUAGCAUUAGAAAGUGGACGCCAGAGAGGAGAAAGGGUACUGUAUCUGCGACGACGCCAGCGAAAGGAAGAGAUCUGCUGGAGAAUUCGCAGCCGGUGGAGCAGCAACGGUGGCCGGGGAGGUUGCGGCAAGUGAAUUUAAUGAGUAGGAGCGUGGAUUGCACCGACGAGAGGAGAAGGUCGGAUCGAUCAGGAGCAAAUGUGGUUAGGGCACUGCAAAAUUGUAUGGUGGAUGAUAGGGCCUCAUACGAUAGAAGAUUGAGCUCGAACCCGAACUGUGCGGAGCAUGAUAAACCAAUUGAGCUUGCUAUUGAGGCCAAUUCAAGAACUGGAUCUGAUGCACACUGUGAUCCUGCAGCUUCGGAUACCGAGAGUAUGUCUUCUGGCAGUACUUCAGGGACGCAUGAUAGCAACAACUGUAUUCGAAAUACUGUUCGUGGGUCGCGUGGUGUGCCUGUGGCUGCAAGGUUCUUGCAAGAGAAUAAUAUUAGCUCGCGACAGUUGGAGCUUGUUUCCCCGGUGUUUGGGCUGAAAUCAGCUGGUGCACAGCCGAAGCUUAUUGUCCCGAGAAAGUUUUCAGCCGAUAGUCCUCUGUCGUCUCCUAAGGGAGUGGUGAAUAACAAGGGAUCUUCUCCUAUUCGUGCUAGCAUGGUUAGGCAUGCAUUGCCCAGUAAGUUUGGGACCUCAACCUUGUCGCCUUCAAGAGGAAUGAGCCCAACACGGGCUAGGAGUGCGGUAGCUGGAAUAAUGAGUAGUAAUCUUAACAAUACACCUUCCAUUUCGGGUUUUGCUGCAGAUUUUAGAAAAGGAAAAGUAGGGGAGGAUCGGAUUGUUGAGGGGCAUACGUUCAGGAUUUUCUACAACCGGUUGCUACAGUGGCGCUUCAUAAAUGCUAGAGCCGAUACUGCCCUGUUGGCUCAAAGGGUAAAUGCAGAGAAAAGCCUGUACAAUGCAUUGGUUGCAACAUGGAAACUGCGUGAAUCUGUGAGAACCAAACGAAAUGAGUUACUUUUGCUGAGACAAAAUUUGAAGCUAAUCUCCAUCCUUAAGGGGCAAAUGAAAUAUCUAGAAGAAUGGAUGGUUAUAGAUGCAGAUUAUUCCAGUUCUUUGUUGGGGGCUAUUGAAGCUUUGAGGGCUAGCACUCUCCGUUUGCCAGUCAUUGGUGGGGCAAGAGCAGAUGUCCAGAAUGUGAAGGAUGCUAUUUCUUCUACUGUUGAUGUGAUGCAAUCAAUGGCAUCUUCAAUAUGCUUGUUGUUAUCAAAGGUUGGGAAUGUGAACUCUCUGGUGGCUGAACUUGCAAAUACAGCUGCCAAGGAGCGCGCCUUGCUUGGUCAAUGCAAGGAUCUCCUGUCAACAAUUGUAGUAAUGCAGGUGAAAGAAUGUAGCCUAAGAACGCAUAUUUUGCAGCAAAAAAGUCUACCUUCAAGCCCGACAACAAGAGUGUAAAGAUUGUCUGACUGCCUUCCCUAAAUGCUAACAUUACACUAGUGUCUUUGCUUCAAAUUCAAGAAACCGGGGCUGAUGUACUCUCGAAUGGUUGUCUGUGCUUGGAAAAAGCAGGAGCUAUCAUCCAUUCUAUAUUGGUAAUACAAAACUCAGAUUCUUGUUUUCUGUUUGCAUGCAUAGGCGGUGGAUAGUUUACUUUAUCAAGCUCAAGUUAGGUAUACAGGAUGUGUAUUUUUCCCUAGGCUAGAUGAAAGUGCUGUAAAUAUGUGUAAUGAUUCCUUCAGUUUAAUCUUUAGUCAAUUGUUUCUUAUUCUUCUUGCUAUUUUUCAUCAUUCAGCCCCAUCUACAAGGCAUUUUUCCUA